AUGGCGGCUUCCGACAGCAAAAGCACUGGCAGUGCUGCCUGGUCACCAGAUUCGUGGCGCUCAAAGCCAAUCAAGCAAUGCCCCGAGUACUCGGACCAGAAGCCGCUGGCCAAGGCCACCGCCGAGCUGAACCGCAUGCCGCCGCUGGUGACGCCCAUUGAGAUCCUCAAGCUCAAGGCGCACCUCGCGGACGUUGCCAGGGGGGAGGCCUUCCUGCUGCAGGGCGGCGACUGCGCCGAGCUGUUCGACUACUGCAACCAGUCGGCCAUCGAGUCCAAGAUCAAGCUGCUGCUGCAGAUGAGCCUGGUGCUGAUUUGGGGCGCCAACAAGCGCGUGGUGCGCAUCGGCCGCAUGGCCGGCCAGUACGCGAAGCCGCGGUCGAACCCCACCGAGAUCGUCGACGGCAAGCAGGUGCCGUGCUUCCGGGGCGACAUCCUGAACGGCUUCGACCUGGACGAGCGCGAGCUGGACCCGGGACGCCUCGUCAAGGCAUACCACCACUCGGCCGCCACGCUCAACUACGUCCGCGCCGCCCUCGCCGCCGGCAUCGCCGACCUGCACCGCCCGCUCGACUGGGAGCUGGGCCACGUGCGCGAGCCCGAGCUCAAGGCCAAGUACAGCCGCGCCGUCAACUUCCUGACCAACAUGAUGAGCUUCAUGGAGACGGUCGGCGCGUCCGGGUCCAGCUCGAACCUCGACACCGUGGACCUGUUCACCAGUCACGAGGGUUUGGUUCUGGAGUACGAGCAGCCGCUGACGAGGUCCUUCUCGUCCGCGUCCAUUCACGGCGGGCGCAAGGCCGCCGUCACAGCCAGCGCGGGCGCCAAUGGCGAGCACGUCAACGGCAAGCAGCAGCAACAGAAAGAAGAAGAGCAGCAGCCAGAGAGCCAGUACUUCGACACGUCGGCACACUUCCUGUGGAUCGGCGACCGCACGCGGCAGAUCGACGGCGGGCACGUCGAGUUCUUCCGGGGGAUAGCGAACCCGAUCGGCGUGAAGGUAGGGCCGACGACGCCCGUGAGCGACCUGCUAGAGCUUCUGCGGACGCUGAACCCGGCGCGCGAGCCGGGAAAGAUCACGCUGAUCACGCGGUACGGGGCGUCCAAGGUGCGGUCGCUGCUGCCGGCGCACAUCCGGGCGGUGGAGGACUCGGAGUACCGGCGGAGCGUGGUGUGGCAGUGCGACCCGAUGCACGGCAACACGCGCAGCACGGCGGCGGGCAUCAAGACGCGGCGCUUCGGCGACAUCUUCAGCGAGCUGCAGGAGACGCUGCGCAUCCACAAGGAGGAGGGCAGCUACCUCGGCGGCGUCCACCUCGAGCUCACGGGCGACGCCGUCACCGAGUGCAUGGGCGGCAGCGUCGGCCUGGACGAGGACGACCUGUCCACCAACUACACCAGCUUCUGCGACCCGAGGCUGAACGAGAAGCAGGCCUUGGAGCUGGCCUUCUUGAUUGCGGAUCACUACCGGAAUGAGAGACAGGUUGUCUGA